GAGCGGUUACUGGAGGAACUAGGUCAGCCACCACCCAUGCUACAGGACUUGGUAAACCAAUGCCAAACGGCAGAGUUAGAAAUACGCCACCUGUGUAUGUUGAGAUCCACAGCUGGUUAUUCUUGUAUUGUAGGAGACUACAACACGACAUAACUGAUGGGGCUGUACUGAGCGAACAAAGCUGUUAUGGAAUUAGCAAGUAAAAGCGAUUGACAGCUAUCUUAUCAAAGAAUAACAAACAAAAAGAGAAAAAUGUAUGUUGGUGGAGAGACUUAAUAUCUUGUCAGGAUAAAAAAAUUGAAUGAAUCAUGGGUUGUGCGUGGUCAACGGACAGAAAUUCAGAUCCUAAAGUAAUGGAGAAGCUCGAAGCAAUGAGUACAGCAGAAAGAACUAUCAAAGCAGCACUUCUCAUCCAGCGUUGGUAUCGACGGUACCGUGCCAAAUUAGAAAUCAGGCGUCGUUGUUACUGGACCAUAUUUGAGUCUCUUGAAUACGCCGGUGAACAAGAUCAGAUGAGGUUGUACAGGUUCUUUAAAGACCUCAUAACCCACAUGCCCUGUGAUAAAGCUUCUUCUUUUGCCAGUUCAUUAGCACUCUCCUACCACCGCUCUUUCAGAGGUAAGCCUCGCUUCCUAACGGAAAUUGAGGAAGAGAACAGAGAACUUUGGAAAGAAACAAACCCGAAUGCAGUUUCCAUAGAGCCAACGUAUCAGGGACCUCACAUCACACUUCCUCUGACGUCAGAACAAGUAACAUCACUCAUUGAUUCCUUCAGACAGCGAAUAUCAUUACAUGCCCGGUAUGUUCUAUUGUUGUUACACGAAGCUCGUAAGAUAUUACGAUGUAAACCUAACAUCAGUGUUGCUCGCACUACUUUCUCCAGGCAGAUUACAGUUUGUGGCGACCUUCAUGGAAAGUUGGAUGACCUCCUCACCAUAUUUUACAAGAACAGUCUUCCGGCGGCUGACAACCCUUACAUCUUUAAUGGGGAUUUCGUGGACCGAGGAAUUCAGUCUGUAGAGGUUCUUUUACUUCUGAUAGCGUGCUUACUGGUUUGGCCUGACUCCGUUUUCCUAAACCGGGGCAAUCACGAAGAUUUCAGUGUCAAUAUAAGAUACGGGUUCAUCAAGGAGAUCAUGUUUAAAUACACGCGCCACGCAACUAAGAUCAUUCAAGUUACUGAAGAUGUGUUCAGCUGGCUUCCUCUAGCGACGAUAAUCGACAACAAAGUCUUUGUAGUCCAUGGAGGAGUAGCAGAUCAAACGGAUUUGACAAAGAUAGCGAAAGUCGACAGACACCAGCUGAUAACAAUUCUUCAGCCUCCUCUAGUGGAAGGGAAGCUGACCUGUAGCAAAGAUGACUGGAACCAGGUGACGGACAUUUUGUGGAGUGAUCCAAGGCCUCAACCAGGAUGUUGUGCUAAUUCCGUUAGGGGUGGUGGAAGUUUCUUUGGACCAGAUGUGACGGAGGCAUUUCUUCGGCGUCACCAUUUGGAGAGAAUCAUCCGUUCUCACGAGUGUAAACCUAACGGUUUUGAGUUUACGCACGACGACAGGGUUCUCACGGUUUUUUCAGCUUCCAAUUACUACGCUAUGGGGACAAACAGGGCAGCAUACGUCAAACUUCUUGGACCAAAGCUGGUUAAUCAAAUCGUCAUGUACGUUAGUUCUAGGACGACCCCGAACUGGGCAAUCCUGCAAAG